AUGGAUAUGAUCCCGAAUUCGAUUUGGGAAAAGGAUAUCGAAAUAAAUUUACGUCGUCUGCAAUUUCCAAUUUCAAUCUCUGUUGGCUUGAAUUUCGACGUCUCAUUAUCAAUAGUAUCCUCUUCAUCAGAAACAAGACAGAUUUACUUUCCAAUACAAAAUCUGUGCUAUGAUAUAUUGGACUUUAUUAGACCAUGUCCAGAAAAUAUUACCAAACAGAUGCAACAACAACGUCAUUUUGCAAGAGGAAGCUCGACGCCCGGAUAUAAUACUCCGAUGGAUGGUAAUUUUUUUGCCACACGAAAAGAAUUUGUGAAAACUUUUGAAACAUUACUUGAUCGAUUGACAAAGCAUAAUAAAAUAGAGGAUACCACACUCUCUCUAAAAGAUCUUUUCACGUCAUUACGGCUUAGCACUGUAUUCAUCAAUUUCCAAAUUAGCUCGAGUAAUUAUGAGAAUGAUAAGGGAGAAAGAUAUGCGGCUUCUCCGGAUGAUUCAUUGAAGAUAUGUUUAUCGAUACUUUUAGGGGAAAAUAUUCCAAACGAUCAACUUAAAGAAAUUAUAAAAAGCACGGAAUAUGCUGUUUUUAUUACACCUUUUAGCUUGGAGCCAGUGAUUUUUAAUUUAAGUAAAGUUAAUGAUAUCCAAUCUGAAACGAUAACCGUCGAGUUGAAAAUUUCAUGCAAUUCUUUUCAAACAUUAUUGCAAGUGGAAGAAGCCAUACUGAGAAGAUUAUUGGAUUUUUCUAGGGUAUUCAGCAAUAAUAAUUCUCAUGAGUAUAAUUUGAUGGAUAUUGAUAAAAUUA